CCAGAGCAUCCGGAAACGAGCAUGGCGGCCGCCGGGGCCGCGGCUACAGACCUAGGUGCGGUGGGCUACGGGCGGGGGCCUGCAGCUCGCAGAUUGGGAGGGAGGAAUGCGUGGGUGGGGAUUGUGCUGUGCGAGAGGUCCUGCGGACUGAGGGUCGGGGGCCGCUUCAGACGGGAUCCCUUCAGAUUUGGGCUGGGUCCCCUCGCACAGGGAUGCUUACGAACGCGGGCCGAGGGCCUCUGGGUGCCGGUUGCCUGGGUUUCUCCGCGUCGGGCGUGGGGCGGGCGCCAGUGUCCGUUUCCAGCGCCUCAGUCGGUCCCCCCGUAACCCCAGAGGUGGUCCGGGGCAAGCGUGCCGCCCUCUUCUUCGCUGCGGUGGCCAUCGUGCUGGGGCUGCCGCUCUGGUGGAAGACCACGGAGACCUACCGAGCCUCGUUGCCUUACUCCGAAAUCAGUGAGCUGAAUGCCCUCCAGCUCCGGCUCAGAGUGCCCGUCACUGUUGUGUUUACCCGGGAGUCUGUGCCCCUGGACGACCAGGAGAAGCUGCCUUUCACCGUCGUGCGUGAGAGAGAGAUUCCUCUGAAAUACAAAAUGAAAAUUAAAUGCCGUUUCCAGAAGGCCUAUCGGAGGGCUUUUGACCAUGAAGAAGAGGCCUUGUCAUCAGGGAAUGUGCAAGAGGCAGAAGCUAUGUUAACUGUGCCCCAGGAACAAGCGGAGGGCUCCCUGACUAUGUACGUGAUCUCUGAACGCUCCUCACUUCUUCCUCAGGACACGAUGAGCUACAUUGGGCCCAAGAGGACAGCAGUUGUGCGGGGGAUAAUGCACCGGGAGGCUUUUAACAUCAUUGGCCGCCGCAUAAUCCAGGUGGCCCAGGCCAUGUCGUUGACUGAAGAUGUACUUGCUGCUGCUCUGGCUGAUCACCUUCCAGAAGACAAGUGGAGCUCUGAUAAGAGGCGGCCUCUCAAGUCCAGCUUGGGUUACGAGAUCACCUUCAGUUUACUUAACCCAGACCCCAAGUCCCACAGCGUUCACUGGGAUAUCGAGGGGGCUGUCCGGCAAUAUGUGCAGCCCUUCUUGAAUGCCCUCAGUGCUGCUGGAAACUUCUCUGUGGACUCUCAGAUCCUUUACUACGCGAUGUUGGGGGUAAAUCCCCGCUUUGACCCAACUUCCUCCAGCUACUACUUGGACACACACAGCCUCCCCCAUGUCAUCAACCCAGUGGAGUCCCGACUGGGAUCUAGUGCUGCCUCCCUGUACCCUGUGCUCAACUUUCUACUCUACGUGCCUGAGCUUGCCCACUCCCCCUUGUACAUUCAGGACAAGGAUGGUGCUCCAGUGGCCACCAACGCAUUCCACAGUCCCCGCUGGGGUGGCAUCAUGGUGUAUAAUGUUGACUCCAAAGCCUAUAAUGCCUCGGAGCUGCCAGUGAGAGUUGAGGUGGACAUGGUGCGAGUGAUGGAGGUGUUCUUGGCUCAGCUGCGGCUGCUCUUUGGAAUUGCUCAGCCUCAGGUGCCUCCAAAAUGCCUGCUUUCGGGGCCUAAGAGUGAAGGACUAAUGACCUGGGAGCUAGACCGGUUGCUCUGGGCUCGGUCAGUGGAGAACUUGGCCACGGCUACCACCACCCUCACCUCCCUGGCACAGCUUCUGGGCAAGAUCAGUAACAUUGUCAUCAAGGACGAUGUGGCAUCUGAGGUAUACAGUGCUGUAGCUGCAGUCCAGAAGGCGGCAGAGGAGUUGGCCUCUGGGCACCUGGCAUCUGCCUUCGUUGCCAGCCAAGAAGCUGUGAUGUCCUCUGAGCGUGCCUUUUUUGACCCCUCACUCCUCCACCUCCUCUAUUUCCCUGAUGACCAGAAGUUUGCCAUCUACAUCCCGCUCUUCUUGCCUAUGGCUGUACCCAUCCUCCUGUCCCUGGUCAAGAUCUUCCUGGAGACCCGCAAGUCCUGGAAAAACCUUGAGAAGACAGACUGAACAGGGCAGCAUCUCAGUAGGAAGCCGUCCUUUCUGGCCAAGGUGGGAGGCGUUAGAUUGAGAGGUGCAUAUGUGGGACCUGUGAGGAAUGACUUGUUCGUCUCUGGUCUCUUCUGUUGUUCUCCAGCAGCCAAAGUACAACACUCCAAGAUGGGUUUAUCUCUCCUUCCCUUCCCUUUCCCCUGACUCAAGUCCUUUCCUCACCCCCAGGAGCCUGAAAGGUACAUUAUCUUGGUCUCCCUAUCUGUCUUGAACUUGAAGGCCUCUGCCUAUCUCCUUCUGAGUCAGGUGCAGUUGUGUUUUUGCCCCGUUUCUCAGUGUAGCACACACUUUUGGUUUUGUUUAUUUGUUUUGUAGAGACAAGGUCUCACUAUGUUGCUCAGGCUGGUCUCAACCUCCUGGCCUCAAAUGAUCCUCCCACCUUGGUUUCCCAAAGUGCUAGGAUUACAGGUGUGAGCCACUAUGCUGAGGCUCACAUUCUUAGACUGAAAGAGAGAAUUAGAAGAAAGCCCUGGGUUGGAUUCUAGUCACUCCCUUCCACACUUCUCUCUAACUCCUGAGGGAGAGCCAGCUGACUUCAGGGUACAACCUGACAGGAGUCAAGGAGGCAGUAGCUCAGGACCUGGGUGUGUGUGUCUGUGUGUGUGUGUGUGUGUGUGUGUGUGUGUGUGUGUGUGUGUGUCAGAGGUGCCAGAAAGUUCCAGAUUUGGAAUCAAACAGUCUUGAAUUCAAAUUAUUAUUUUUGCACUUAUUGUCUGGAGAGCUUUGGAUAAGCUAUUUAAUCUCUCUGAGCCUCAGUUUUUCACUUGUUCAAAUGACACUGAUGAUACUUCCCUUACAAGGUGGCCAUGAGGAUUAAAUAUGUUAAGCAUGUGAAAGUGUCUGGCAUAUAUUAGGCUCUUAAUAAACAUUGUUUGGAUAUGAAUUAGAA